AUGCGAGGGAACGACCUCCGGGCGCGGGGCGGCCGCCGGUCCCCCAGCAGCCGCAGACCCCGGCCCGAAGGUCUGGCCCCCGGCCGCGCCCCUCGCAAGCCCGCCCGCCGGAGCGCGCCCACUCGUUCUGCGGGCGGUCGCCGCGAGUCCCCACCCGGCAAAGUUCCCCAACGCACCUACACGGCGGGCCGGACGGUCGCCGCCCCUCGAGGGGAGGAGAGAGGCACUGACCCCACCCCCGUGCGCGCCGGCGGCAGUCAGGGUACCAGGGCCAGACCCCGCCACCUGUUGGCGCGCCUACCGCCCGCUCCUUGCUCCGGCCACCGCCGGCCCGAGGUGCCCGCCACCCACACCUCCAUGCCGGGCGUCAGGCGCGGAGCCCCUAGCCGGCUUGCAGAGGAGGCGGGGACCCAGCUGUCCGGCCGGGCCGGGAGGGGACGGGUGCGCGGCCGGCCCGGGCAGCCCCUUACCUCGGAGGAACUGGGGGGCACGAGGCGCGGGGCUGGGAGUGGGCGCCCAGAUAUUGCCAAAUUGCUCUCUGAAGAGUGCCAGUUUACUCCUUUCAGCAAUGUACUAGGGCCACAUUCUCAUCAACACAGUGUAUUGUCAAGAAUUGUGACGUUUGCCUAUGGGUCACUGCUUCCUGUCUCCUGGUAUAUAUUGCAUAAAAAUCCAGGAGAACAAAGAUCUGAUAGAUUCAAUUAUCAUCAUACAGUAUCACUUUCCUCCAUGGGUUAAUUCUCACCUCAAGUUCCUGGCUCUCCUGUAGAUCAGCAUUUAUCAAGUAUUUUGACCACACUGUGCAGUAAUAAAUAUGUUUUACAUGUGAUC